GGUGUUGCCUUCAAUCUCUUCCGGCGGGAGCUUCGGGAGUUGGAGUUCCGUUGCUCCGCAAAGGUGGUGCCCGGUAGGCUGCCAGGGAGAGGCGGGUUUGGCCCUCGGCGGCGGCGCUUCCUCGGCCUCUGCGGACCCGCGAGCGCGACCAGUAUCUCCGCCGCGCGGCGGGUUCCGUUCUGCGUCCUCACGCAUUGGCGGAUCCGGCGCCUUCAGGUGAGCGCGAGGAGCUCGCCCAGGCAGAUGGAACACGUGGGUCAUUGUAGAGGAGGUCCUCGGUUCUGUUCGUGUCCCAGGAGGAGGUUGGAGGCCCAGGCGGCACCUGAAGCCUGAGCUCCAGUUUUCAGCUCCCGGUCGAGUUGAUGCACCAGUGAUGUUCUUUUCUGCGGAAACAAAAGAAACUCACGAGCGGUUCUGUAACCUCGUUAUGUCUGUUUCUCAAGGGACAUAGUUGGUGUUUCUAAAUGAUACCUGAAGUACCACAACAAUGUCACUAUCAGUCUUUGCAGAAGACAUUCUUACUGUGUCGACCUUUUUCUAAGACCACAGGAAUGCAAGUCACCAUGUAAAAAGAGGAAAGAUCACCACUGGCCCCUUAUAUGUAUAAAUUGCCUGGACAUGUCCUUCAAAUUCUAGAAGAGAGUGUUCCAGUGUAUUUCUCCAUCAUCCUUUCAUGAUGGAAGCCAUCAGUUUGUCCCACGGUUUAUUUUCUAGGGGCCUAAGCUACUUUCAUCGUGAAAAGACAGAGAUGGGCAGGACGGUGUCUAACUGCCUGACAAGUAGUUACCAGGAGUCUGUGACCUUUGAGGAUGUGGCUAUAGACUUCACCCAGGAGGAAUGGACUUUACUGGACACAAAACAAAGGAACCUUUACAGAGAGGUGAUGCUGGAGAACUACCAGAACCUGGCCACAAUAGGAUGUCAGCUCAUCAAACCCAGCUCAAGCUCUUGUUUGGAGACAGAAGAGUAUAGAGUAGUCGAGAGAGGAGUUCAUCAAGAAUGGGCUCUGCGGCUUAACACUAGAGGGACAAUGUUUCAGUUAAAAAUGUCAAAUGAGACACAACUGUCAAAUAGCUACAAUGGAAAGGAGCUCUGUGACUUUAAGCCACCUGGAGAAAUCAUCAAAGAGCCUUCAUGUAGUCCGACACACAUAGGUAUUGAAAACAGAGGAAACAUUUAUGAUUGUGUUCAGCAUGGAGAAGCCUUUCCUCUGCAUCCUGAGGAAACCUCUUCUGCAGACAAAGGUCCUGAGUUAAGCCAGUGUGGAAAAGACACCAGUCUGGCUGCAAGUGCUGCUUACCAGACAACAUGCGAACCAGCCACAGUCCUCAAAUCUAGUGAAUUUCAACAAGCCCUUAAGACAUGUGAAGACAGACUCUUUAAAUGGGUACAGUGUGGUGAUGCUUUUAACACACCUAUGAGCCAUGCUGGGAAUGGUCAAACAUGCACUGGAAAAAAACCCUAUGAAUGUAAGGAAUGUGGGAAAAGUUUUAAAUAUUUUGCCAACCUUAAUAUUCAUAUGCGUACCCACACCGGCGAAAAACCUUAUGAAUGUAAGGAAUGUGGAAAAGCCUUUUCUAGGUGUUACCCACUAACUCAGCACUUAAAAACUCACACUGAAGAGAAACCCUUUGAAUGUAAGGUUUGUGGGAAAUGCUUUAGAAAUGCCUCAUGCCUUAAUGAUCACUUUCGGGUUCACACUGGAAUAAAGCCCUAUAAAUGUAAGGACUGUGGCAAAGCCUUCACAGGGCGCUCUGGCCUUAGUAAACAUUUACCAACACACACUGGAGAGAAGCCUUAUGAGUGUAAGGAAUGUGGGAAAGCCUUCACUUCAACCUCAGGCCUUAUUAAACAUAUGAAAAGUCACAUGGGGGAGAGACCCUUUGAGUGUGACCAUUGUGGCAAAGCUUUUGCUUCUUCCUCAACUCUUAUUACACAUUUGAGAACACACACUGGAGAAAAGCCCUUUGAAUGUAAAGUUUGUGGGAAAGCGUUUACAUGUUCUUCUUACCUUCGCAUUCACAUGCGGACUCACACUGGAGAGAAGCCCUAUGUAUGUAAAGACUGUGGCAGAGCCUUCACUGAGCGCACAAGCCUUACUAAACAUUUACGAACACACACUGGAGAAAAUCCCUUUGAGUGCAAUGUGUGUGGAAAAGCAUUUGCAUGUUCUUCCUACCUUCAUAAUCACAUGCGAACUCAUACUGGAGAGAAACCUUAUAUGUGUAAGGAAUGUGGGAAAGCCUUUGCUGUUUCUUCACAUCUAAGUAAACAUGUAAGAAUCCACACAGGAGAGAAACCCCAUAAGUGUGAGGAAUGUGGGAAAGCAUUCACUGUGCGUUCUGGUCUCACAAAACAUAUACGAACUCACACUGGGGAGAAGCCCUAUAAUUGUAAAGAAUGUGGGAAAGCCUUUACUACAUCGUCAGGCCUCCUCGAACAUAUAAGAAGUCACACAGGAGAGAAACCAUAUGAAUGUGACCAGUGUGGGAAGGCCUUUGCUUCUUCCUCCUAUCUUAUUGCACACCUGAGAAUUCAUACUGGAGAGAAGCCCUUUGAGUGUAAUGUGUGUGGGAAAGCAUUUACAUGUUCCUCCUACCUUCACAUUCACAUGCGAACGCAUACUGGAGAGAAACCCUAUGGAUGUAAGGAGUGUGGGAAAGCUUUUGCUGUUUACUCACAUCUAAGUAAACAUGUAAGAAUCCACAGUGGAGAGAAGGCCUAUAAAUGUAAAAGUUACAAAAUAGCUUUCAGUAGUUCUCAUCUUACAGAGCACAUAAAAACCCUUGAGAUAAAUUCUUUGAUUGGAAGGAAUGGAGAGACUGCUUUAGGAAGUUCUGUUACUUCAGGAGUGCAUUCAAAUUCACAGUGGAAAGAAAGUUUAUCAGUAUAAGCCAUUUGUAAAUUGAUUAUAUAAUAUUUGACUUCAGAGAUAUGAAGCAAUUCAAGUUGCAUAGAUGCCUCAUGAACUGAAAAGAGUGGGAAGUUAUCAGAAUGCUCAAAGUCCAGUUCACAUGAACCCACUGAAGCUAUACAAUGUCAUAAACAUGGAAAGCCUU